GUAGGCUCAGAGAGGAAGUGACGCGGCCAAACUUUCUUAUGGGUUACAGACAACGUUAGAACACCGUGCCUUUAAAUAGCCUUCUUUCCCAUGUACGGUUCUCCUCGCCGCUCUCCCUAUUUCUGCGCGUUACGAUGACGUCAUCGCAGCGCGCCCGGUCGGCACAGUGUGCGCCGGGGGUGUUCUCCCAGAGGCCAGGCCUUAGGCCGUCACAUGAAAUCCAGGAACAAAAACAUGCCAACCAGGGGCAGCAGACAGAAAUGGAAGAGAUUACUUUCUCAAAAGACACGGUUUUAUCAGAUAUCCAUCUCCGCAUCCAGCAUAAAAGGCAACUCAUGGUCAGGCUGAAUACAGUUGGACAGCCAGUUUUUCAAACACAAUUUAAGAUCCUUUGGGGAAGUAAUGUAUUAGAAACUGAAACUAAUAAAGAAGAAAACAGCAUCAUAAGUGAUGGAAAAAAAACAUUGCCCACUAGAGACAUUUCACACCAUGAUGUGGAGAAAUUAGAAGCCUUGCUUGAUGAUGAUGGGGAUCUAGAAGUGCAGAGAAGACCAACAUCGCCUUCUGACAGACCUGAAUCUCCAGCCUGUAUUCGGGAUGUUGUGUGUCCAAUGAUUCUUACAAUUGGGAGUGAAGAUGACGCGGAAGAGGCUUCAUGCAAUGCUGAAGAUGUGCUUAAAAUCGAACAUACUAUGGCCACACCACUAGAAGAUGUUGGUAAACAGAUCUGGCGAGGAGCAUUCAUUCUUGCUGAUUACAUUCUCUGGCAGCAGGAUCUCUUCAGAGGGUGCACAGCGCUGGAGCUCGGGGCAGGCACUGGCUUCACAAGCAUCAUCAUGGCAACAGUUGCUAAGACUGUGUACUGCACAGAUGUUGGUGAAGACCUCCUAGAUAUGUGCCAAAGAAAUAUUUCCCUAAACAAAGGCCUUGCAAAAACCUCAGGUGGCCAAGUGAAGGUAAAGGAACUAGACUGGCUUAAGAAUCAGUUGUGUACAGAUCCGGAAGAUUCUUACAGCUGGACAGAAGAUGACAUAGCUGACCUUUAUGAUGAAACAACUGUUAUCCUUGCUGCUGAUGUAUUUUAUGAUGAUGACCUCACAGAUGCACUGUUCAAAACUCUCUUCCGCAUAACACAAGCAUUAACAAGACUUUGCACUAUUUAUUUAUCUAUUGAAAGAAGAUUCAACUUUACUUUAAGAUAUAUGGACAUAACAUGUGAUGCAUAUAAUCAUUUCCGAAAUUGCUUAAACAAUUUUGAAAAGAUCAGCAAUGGAAAACUAAAGUGGACCGCCACAGAAAUCAAACCAGUGUUUCCACAAUUCCUCUGCUAUGAACGAGAACACUUGGAGCUGUGGAAACUUUCAGCUACAACUUUAACUUGAUGCUUUUACAUCCCGUGAUCAAAGAAUAACUCUGAAGCAUGAUGAUGCGAAACACCAAAGAAUAAUUAUACUAGUUGACCAGGAAACAUCUAUAACACUUCAGUGAACUGAUAUAAUUUUAGGUACUAAAUUGUCCUGGUUUAAUUAUCUCAAUGAACUGAAAAAAAUGUGUUGGUUUGCUCCUUAGUGCGUUUUGGUACAUGAGGCUUUAUAGUCGCCACAGUUUACUAAUACCUAGCACACAGCAAAAUCCUGGGGGAGAUUUAUUAAGCAAAAUAUGACAAAAAAGGCUGUUUAUAAGAUAUUUUAGAUACCUCACUAGAAUUUUGAAAAAUUUCUGGAAAAAGAGCAAUGACUAGGUUGUAAAACGCCUCAGAAUUAUUUAUAGUUUUUGCUUUUAAUUUGUGCACAGAACUCUAGUCAAGAGAUGGUGUAAGGUAUAGCAGAAUGCACCAAAUGUAUUUUAUACCAUACUCCCCUAUGAUCAUUAUGGUACAGUUUCUGCCUAUUUGGUCGAGUUUUAUUUAGUCUAGAACAGACAUAAUAAAUCGCAAAGACGUGGCAAAUUUUUUAUCCUAAGUCUAUGAAGCUUAUGCAGAAAAGGCAAAGAGGCAGGGAGUAAAAUGCAUAACACCACACAUCACCCAGGUUGUUCUGAAAAUCAUGGGGAAAGGGGUCUAAACACUCUGACAGAUCAAAACUGAUUUGGCUUCACAAAAAUGUAUUCCUAAUGACAAGGACACUUUAAAUUGUUGGUCUAUCCUUAGGCCAUCAAUAAUGGAAUGGUGGUUGUUUGUUUAAAGGUGUACUCCACUGGAAAACUGUUUUUUUAAUCAAAUGGUGCCAGAAAGUUAAACAGAUUUGUAAAUUACUUCUAUUAAAAAAUCCUUAUCCUUCCAGUACUUCUCAGCUGCUGUUAUGAUCCGCAGGAAGUUCAUUUCUUUUUGAAUUUCCUUUCUGCCUGACCACAGUGCUCUCUGCUGACACCUCUGUCCAUUUUAGGAACUGUCCAGCGCAGGAUAAGUUUUCUAUGAGGAAUUGCAAGUGAUAGGAAAACGAUGUGACAAAAAUUGAUUGAACAAACAUUGUUUGUUUAAGAUAAUACUAAGUUUCUUUUAAAUUCUUGUUGUCCUCCUCCUCUAAUUCUUUUAAACUUUGUUUUUAUCUUUCUGCAUUAAAUCAGGAUUGUGUUUACUCAAUGAUUUCUUACCCUCAGUAAGUAUAUGAAAUUGUGUCUGUUAAAAAAAAAAAAAAACACAAAGUGAGAUUUUGAAAUAAAUACAGCAUUGUUUAUGUUAAUCUAUGAUACAUUGAGUGCACAUUACCAUUAUAAAAAAAAACAUAUAUUGCAGACUAUACGUCUAGUAUAUCAGAUGUAUUUUAACAAGUAUUACAGUUUAUGGAAAUUAUAUGCAGUUAAUCCCUAGAGGAAGCAGGGUUUACAUGUAAAGUCUGUGUUACCUGUCAGAAGUCAGGACUCUUGGCUAAUGCCGGACACCACCAAUCAGGGUGAUGUCUGGCAUUAACCCUUUAGAUGCAGAAGUCAUGAAUAGCUAGUUGGACAGCCAGGGGUCCUUUAUCUCGCUCCAUGUCGUCUGAUUGGCACUCCAUCUGUGCAAGCAGCUUGUACAAUUUGAGCUUCGACAACACUUGAUUGUUCGGUGUUCGCAAUUGAAAACUUGUAGGUAGAAUUCCCCCAUGAAGACUAAAAAAAUUGUGAUAAAAACUUUUUAUAAAUUGUUAGUAAGCCCCUUCCCUAAUGAAAGAUUAAAUCACCCCUUUUGAUUUUUGGUCACUUCAUAUACCAGAAAAAAAUGAUUAAAAAAAAGUG